AUGGCAGAACAUGUAAUGGUCAGAUUUAUCAGGCAAGUUAACUGUAAACGUGAAACUUUUUUCAGCUCGGCAAAAACAUGGGGAAAAAGAAAAUUUCAGCUAUCAAUUGCCACAGAAUGGAUGAUGAAAGAUGAAGACCCUCCAGGAUUUAAAGUUCAGCUAUACCACACUAAAGGAAGAGGAGUUAAAACAACAGUUCACAGACACAAAGGUGACUUCUUAUUAGUGUAUUGUGGAGAAAUUGUGUCUGGUGAGGAAGGGGAAAAAAGAGAAGCUCUUAAAAGUACAGGAUUCCGUUUCUUCUAUUCAAAAGAUGGUAGAAGUUACUGUAUUGAUGCAACCGAAGAAAGCAGUAGGCUUUGCAGGUUGGUGAAUCAUGGUGACAAAAAUGCUAAUGCUCACAUGAAGAACAUGGAUGGCAAAUUGGUUUUAUUUGCACUGAAAGACAUAGAUGAGCAUGAAGAAAUUCUUUGUGACUAUGGUGUCCGUGGUUUACCAUGGCAACAGGGUCCUUAGAUUCUGUGCGAGUUCCAAGUGAUCAUGCUUCAGAUGCUGAUGGGUCCUUAGAUUCUGCACAAGUUCCAAGUGAUCAUGCUCCAGAUGCUGAUGGAUAUUUAGAGUCUGAGGAAGUUCAGAGUGACCAUGCUGCUGAUACUGAUGG